UUCACAAAGCCUAGUGAGACGACCAUUGAUUAUCCUGACAUGGCUAAGGAGGCAGGCCAGGCGGCUUUAGAUGAUGCUGGGAUUCCUUAUUCAGCAGUGGAGCAGGCAUGUGUGGGUUAUGUUUAUGGUGACUCAGCCUGCGGACAACGGGCUAUCUAUCACAGUUUGGGUUUAACUGGCAUUCCGAUCAUUAAUGUUAACAACAACUGUGCGAGUGGAUCAACUGCUUUGUUCAUGGCCAGACAACUAGUAGAAGGAGGUUUGGCAGAUUGUGUUCUGGCACUUGGCUUUGAGAAGAUGGCAAAAGGAUCCCUUGCUUCAGGUUUUUCAGACAGAACUAGUCCAAUUGAUAAACAUUUGGAAAUUAUGGUAAAUAAAUACGGCUUAGCAAGUGCUCCAGUAGCACCUCAGAUGUUUGCAAAUGCUGGCAAAGAAUAUAUGGAGAAAUAUGGGACAAGUCCAGAAUACUUUGCAAAAGUUGCAUGGAAGAAUCAUAGGCAUUCAACUAAGAACCCAUAUUCCCAGUUCCAAAAGGAGUACACAUUAGAUGAAAUUCUUCAUUCUCGCAAAGUUUUUGAUUACUUGACCAUCUUACAGUGUUGUCCGACAUCAAAUGGUGCUGCAGCUGCAAUUUUGGCUAGUGAGGAGUUUGUGAAAAGGCAUAAGUUGCAGCCAAAAGCUGUGGAAAUUCUGGCCCAGGUGAUGUCUAGUGAUUAUCCAAGCACAUUUGAAGAAAACAGUUGUAUGAACAUGGUUGGCUUUGAUAUGAUGAAAAAAGCUUCAAAAAAAUGUUUUGAAAAAGCAGGCCUAAAACCUACAGAUGUUGAUGUGAUUGAACUUCAUGACUGCUUCUCAGUUAGCGAGUUCCUUAUCUACGAAGGUCUAGGACUCUGUCCAGAAGGAAGAGCAUGUGAACUGGUUGACAGAGGAGACAACACUUAUGGAGGAAAAUGGGUUAUUAAUCCUAGUGGUGGCUUGAUUGCAAAGGGACAUCCACUUGGUGCUACAGAUUUUGGAGAUUUUUUUACUGCAUCUGAAUAG